UGGGCUCACUAGACGUUUUGUACGUCAUAUCUUCGGAAAAUUUUCCAGAGAUUACGUACAAAUUUUACGCAAAAUUUUCGCUAAAAUUAAGUUGAAAAAAUAAUUAAACAUUAAAAAAUUAAUUUAAAGUCGAAAAAAAGUGUUAAAGAAAAAAAAAUUGCGCUUAAUUGACAACUGAAGAUUUUUUUCACGCAAGUAAAAAUGGAUGCAAAGUAGAGACGUAAAAAUUUUGUGUGUGUAUCAACGAAAGAGCGGAGAAAACGGAAAGCGUGAAAGCAAAAAGAAGAAAUCGAAACAACUCGAUUGUGGUGGUGGUGUGUGUGUGCGCAGUGCUGUGCGUGAACGUGUGUACGCUUGUGUGAGUGCGUGUGUGUGUGGCAAGAAGCAGACAGAGAGACGAAAGCAAUACGGACGGGCGAGAAAAACUGAGUGUUGCGCGCCUGGAAAAAUAAUGGAAAAGUAUGAGGACAUGGAUAUACGACUGGGCCACAUCAAUGCCAAAGAGCUGGCCGAUGUUUGCGACGUCAAUAUUCCUCGAGAUGAUGAUGCAUUAAUUAUGUUUGACCGAUCGCCGACAAAUUUUGAUUUUGGCGCUGAAAUUCUGUCAACAAACAACAUGAAGCCAGCACCCACAGCAACAACAUCGACAGCGGCAACAACGACAGCUACAAGCGAACCGCAACCAAAAGCAAAUAGUGAAAUCAAAACAAAAACAUUGCCUCAAAUGGCAGAACAAGAAAUUGGCGCCAAUCAAAAUGCCAAAAAACUGACGGACAACAAUUUAAUGGAGCAACCGACAUCGAAACGUCUUGAGAAAUCCUGCUCCGAAGUGGAUGAUGAAGAUGAUGAGGAUGAGGAUGACAAUGAGGAUUACAAGUCAAGCUGGGCCAACAGCGAUGAUGACGAUGACGAUUCCUCUAGUUCGACGGAUUGCUCCUCGGCCAGCGAAAGCGAUUGGCAGCGUUGGCAGCAGCAGCGCGAACUCCACUCGGCUUUGGGACGCAUGCCUCGUCAGGUGAUUGCCAGCAUAAUGCCGCACUUUGCCUCCGAGCUGCCGGCGGACAUAGAUGAGUCGGUGUUGUGGGAUUAUCUGUCGCAUCUGCUGAACGAACCAAAGCGGCGCAACAAGCUGAAUAAUGUGAAUACCUUUGAUGAUGUCAUCGAUCUGGUGCAGAACUCAAAGAAGAUCAUUGUGCUCACAGGCGCCGGAGUGUCAGUGUCCUGUGGCAUACCCGAUUUUCGUUCCACUAACGGCAUCUAUGCGCGGUUGGCGCACGAUUUUCCCGAUCUACCAGAUCCGCAGGCCAUGUUUGACAUUAACUACUUCAAACGGGAUCCGCGACCGUUCUACAAAUUCGCUCGGGAAAUCUAUCCGGGUGAGUUUAAGCCGUCGCCAUGCCAUCACUUCAUCAAGAUGCUCGAGACGAAGGGCAAACUGUUGCGCAACUACACGCAAAACAUCGAUACGCUGGAACGUGUGGCUGGCAUUCAACGGGUGAUCGAAUGCCACGGCUCCUUCUCGACGGCCUCGUGCACUAAAUGCAAGUAUAAGUGCAAUGCGGAUGCAUUGCGAGCGGACAUUUUUGCCCAGCGCAUUCCCGUUUGCCCACAGUGUCAGCCGAAUGUGGAGCACAGUGUGGAUGCCUCAGUGGCAGUCACCGAGGAGCAGCUGAAGCAGCUCGUCGAGAAUGGCAUCAUGAAGCCCGACAUUGUCUUCUUUGGCGAAGGUUUGCCUGAUGAAUAUCACACAGUGAUGUCCACGGACAAGGACAAGUGUGAUCUGUUGAUUGUGAUCGGCUCCUCGCUCAAAGUGCGUCCCGUCGCUCACAUUCCCAGCAGCAUACCAGCAACGGUGCCCCAGAUUCUGAUCAACCGCGAGCAGCUGCAUCAUUUGAAGUUCGAUGUUGAGCUGCUGGGCGACUCAGAUGUGAUUAUCAAUCAGAUCUGCCAUCGACUGUCGGCCAGCGACAACGACGAUGAUUGGAAGCAGUUGUGCUAUGACGAUGCUGUGCUACGUGAAACCAAGGAGCUAAUGCCGCCAGCAGAUUACUAUCUGCAUCAUCACCACCUGCAUCAUCACAAUCAUCAUCAUCGACACUGCCGCUCGGAGAGUGAACAACAAUCGCAACUGGACACGGAUACACAAUCGUUAAAGUCCAAUGGUUCAGCAGAUUAUCUGCUUGGCUCCUCGGCCGGCACCUGCUCCGACAGCGGCUUCGAGUCUUCCACAUUCACAGCAACGGUGCAGGACAAGCGAGCACAAUUGACUCCACAACAGACAACGCCAAUCGCCGAUGAUCGCGAUGCGGCCAUCGAGCGCAUUAAGAGCGAUAUUCUCGUCGAGUUGAAUGAAACGGCGGCUAUAAGUUGUGAUCGCCUCGUAGCACCGCCUGCCAUCAGCUCUGGCAGCGGCAGCAGCUCGAUCUCCGCCAGCAGCACCAACACAGCCAGCUAUCGUCAUCUGUCGAUUGAUUCGUCUAAGGACAGCGGCAUUGAGCAGGGCGAGUUCUCCAAUGCCAGCAACAAUGCUCACGCCUAUGUCAGCAACUUGGACACAAAUAUGAUGGUGGAAACAAAGACAGCGGCACCCAGCUUAACGCCAACGCCGCCACAGCGCAAGCGUCAGACGACAGCGGAGCGUCUACAGCCUGGAACUUUCUAUUGCCACAACAAGCACAGCUCGUAUGUGUUUCCCGGUGCACAGGUGUUUUGGGACAACGAUUACAGCGAUGAUGAUGACGACGACGAUGAUGAUGAUGGACUGGCGACUGGACGUGGCGCUGAUCUCUUUGGCAAUGUGGUGGCCGGCGAUGAGGAUGCCUGCGAUCUGAAUGCGGUGCCCUUAUCGCCUCUGCUGCCACCCGCCUUGGAGGCGCAUCUGGUAACCGAAAUCACCAGCGGCGUAUCAGUCAGCAGCGCUCCAUCCGCUUGCAAUAGCAGUCCGAGCAAUAAACGCCGCAGCACCGCGGACACAGUGGAGCAAUCGCUAUCACCGGCAGUCGAGGCCAAGUGCAAUUCGCCAGCGAUUGAAUCUGAAACGCCGCCACCCAUCAAAAAGCGACGUCCCAGCUUGGGAACAGCUCCAACUGCUGCUCCAACAACAGCUGUCUAAAUUGUUGAUUCAAAUGCCCGGCUAUUAAUUUAAUAUUUAUUCUUUUAAUGCGUCGCCUAUAUAUUUCUUUACUCCACGAGAGCACGUGAACUAUGUCUAGAGAAGCUCAAAAACAACCCAAUUGCAAUCGAGGCAUCACAUACUCUUCCCCUUCUUCGCCUCCUACAUUUUCUACACUCAUCUACACAGAUAUGCAAUUUUUACAUUCAUCAUAUUCAUUUCGUAUUCAUAUUUAUUCGUCAAACACAAUUGUAUGUAAAUGUUAGUAUUUUUUAUAUUAUUAAUAUUAUUACCACAUUAAGUUGUUAUUGAGGCCUUUAUAAAUACGUAGUUUAAAAAAAAGAAGGAAACUUUCAAGAGAAGAACUUUUUAGCGCAAAUUGCCUCAACUUUCUACACACACUUAUACAUCUAUAUAAUUAUAUAUAAGCUAGAAUAUAUACGUAUACUAAGAGCUGGACAAAACACCCUGUAUAUAAGCAUCCUUGUUUUUUUGUAAUUUCUCUUUUCCUUAAACACUCUUAUUAACGGUUAUGGCAGCUAGAUACAUACAUAUAUAUAUGUACAUACAUAUUUACAUUUGCACUCAUCUCACACACACACCUACACACUCACUCACAUCUAAGCACAAGCACAUACACAUACACACACAGUCGUAUUCACACCCACACACAGAGAAGCUUAGCGCCAAUGACGACAAGCAUUGUUGGUGUGCGUGUUAAAAAAAUGUUUAAUCAAAAACUUAGCAUAAUUAUCAAAUAUAUAUUAAAUACUAUAAAUAGCCACCAAACGUAAUUGUAAACUAGAGUUAUAAGCCCAUAGUUGUAAUAAUAAUUGUAUUAAUAUCAACAAAAAAAAGCAAACAAAAUCAUAAUAUUAUAAUAAUAAUAAUAAA